AUUACCUAGUAGGUAGAUAGGUAGGUAGGUGCUAUAAUUACAUUUGAUAUGCACAUUAUUGUACAUAUCAAGUACAUAAGGCCCAUAUAUUCCAUGUUGUUUAGUUUCUUGGGCCAGCCGCAUAGCCGUCCGUAUUACGCACUCAUACAUACGAAUAAACAUACAUAAGCGGGAAAAGAUAGACCUAGGACCACUCCGUAUGGAAAUUCGGAAAACGGGAAACGGGAAACGGGAAAAUGAGAAAUGCAUACAUAUGUAUAUGGACUACUUAAACUUCGUCAUUCUUCUACGAUCUAUCCGUCUAGCUGAUAGAUAGACUACUACUAAGUACCCGGUUAUAUGGUUAGCAGGAGCAGGAUGGGAUUUGACGCCCUAGCGAAGAUAAAAGGCGCUGGGGCCGCCACGGAAGAAUAUAUCAGGGGAAAAUGGGAACAAAGCAAAUCAUGGGGCUCCUCGGAGGCCAAGAAACUUGCAGCCAAUGUCGAGAGAGAACGGCGCCGAAAGGAAAAGAAUGAAUUUCUCCGUUUGAUAUUGGCAAAGCUUACCGGUGAGCCGGCUAUCAACAUGCCGCCCCUCGAAUGGGAUCCCACUGCGACUCACAAAGCCGUCUUUCUCAUCACCACCUUCAUCGAAUUCGGCAAAUUCGAGCUAUCAAAAACCACCUACGAGUUGCUUGCAAAGCAUAUCGGCAUGAGCCAGAACAGCAUCAAUCACUGGGCAUUGUGUGUAAUCGAUCGCGGCUUUAAUCCUUCAUACUGCUACGACCUUAUGAGCGACCAAAUGGCACUCACGGUCCUCGGCAAGAAUUAUUUUCGCAUAACAGAGGUCACCCCCGCAUUCAUCGCGACCUGGAAUUCAUGUUUUUACAUCGGCGAAACGACGAAAUCCCAUCAGGAGAUCCAAGCACUAGGAGCUCGUCACAUGGCACUGCAUCCACGCUACAAUCUUUUGACGAGUAACUGUCAGGACAUGGCGGAAGAUCUUGUCAGGCAGAUAUGCAACGGUAGAAUAAUCGGCCUAGUCAAAUUGCGAGAGGAGUUGUCCCUAGCCUCGCCAAAGCUAGCCCUGGACCUUGUGGUGGCCCGGUUAAGAUCCAAGAUAGAAGUCUCGAAGGAGCACGAAGACAGCGACGGCGUCAAGGAAGAUUUAGAUACCAUCAAGAAGUUAUGGCGUAGAGUCCAUCGAUAAAUAGCGUUGUCUCUCUUCAUUACAUAGAUUGGU